GUCCUCCCAUUCUAACCGCGCAGCGCGGCGAUUGGCAGUGCACUGGGACAUGUACACUGAUCAUCAGGGCACUGAUGACCAGGGUGCCCUGAUGAUCUGUGUAGCCCCAGCAGUGCCACCUGUCAGUGUCCAUCAGUGCCAGCUGACAGUGCUCAUUCAUGCCACCUGCCAGUGCCCAUCAGUGCCACAUUUCAGUGCCCAUCAGUGCCACAUCAAUGUCACAUAUCAAUGCCAGUCAGUGCCACCUAUAAGUGCUGCCAAUCAGUGCCACCUAUCAGUGCCAGUCAGUGCCACCUAUCAGUGUGCAUCAUUGCGGCCUAUCAGUGCCCUUCAGUGCCGCCUAACAGUGCCAGUCAGUGCCACCUAACAGUGCCAGUCAGUGCCACCUAACAGUGCCAGUCAGUGCCACCUAUCAAUG